AUAUGUUUUCAGCUUUCAAUCUCUAAUUGGAUCGGCAUUUAUUUUGUGGGUCUGCUCAAGCCUGGCUAGUAUUUCCGUUUAAGAUUACGUUUGACUUAACGUUUGAUUUCGUACCGCAGCAUCCGUCAUCCCGACGCACAGGCCAUCCAUUUCAUCGAAUUGAGUCGAGGUGACUGAGCCACCAUGGGGGAGCUGUUCAGGAGUGAGGAGAUGACCCUGGCGCAGCUGUUCCUCCAGUCAGAGGCUGCCUACUGCUGCGUCAGUGAACUGGGAGAACUGGGGAUGGUCCAGUUUAGAGAUCUCAAUCCAGAUGUGAAUGUGUUUCAACGGAAAUUUGUCAAUGAAGUGCGCAGAUGUGAGGAGAUGGACAGAAAACUGAGGUUUGUGGAAAAGGAAAUCAAGAAGGCAAACAUCCCAACUGUUGAUACGGGUGAAAACCCUGAGGUUCCUUUUCCAAGAGACAUGAUCGAUUUGGAGGCAACCUUUGAGAAGCUGGAGAAUGAAUUGAAGGAAAUCAACACUAACCAGGAAGCCUUGAAGAAGAACUUCUUAGAGCUGACAGAACUCAAACACAUUCUUCGUCGUACGCAGCAGUUUUUUGAUGAGAUGGAAGAUCCCAACCUUUUGGAAGAAUCGUCAGCACUCAUGGAGGGCAAUGAAGGAGGACGAGGGGCUCCUCUCAGGCUGGGGUUUGUGGCUGGUGUGAUCAGCCGCGAAAGGAUUCCUACUUUUGAGAGGAUGUUGUGGAGAGUGUGUCGUGGAAAUGUGUUUCUCCGGAAGGCUGAGAUUGAAGACCCACUGGAGGACCCAACCACGGGCGACCAGGUCCACAAGUCGGUCUUCAUUAUUUUCUUCCAAGGUGACCAGCUGAAGAACAGGGUGAAGAAGAUCUGUGAAGGGUUCCGGGCUUCCCUGUAUCCCUGUCCAGAGACCCCCCAGGAAAGAAAAGAGAUGCUGGCUGGGGUCAAUAGUCGUAUUGAUGAUCUUCAAAUGGUCCUGAACCAGACGGAGGACCACCGGCAAAGAGUGCUGCAAGCAGCCUCCAAGACCAUGAGGGUUUGGUUCAUCAAGGUGAGGAAGAUGAAGGCCAUCUACCACACCCUCAACCUCUGCAACAUUGACGUCACCCAGAAGUGUCUCAUCGCCGAGGUCUGGUGUCCAGUCUCCGACCUGGACUCUAUUCAGUUUGCUCUACGCCGGGGGACGGAGAGGAGCGGGUCGACAGUCCCAUCCAUCCUCAACAGGAUGCAGACCAAACAGACUCCGCCCACUUUUAACAAGACUAACAAAUUCACAUCAGGCUUUCAGAACAUUGUUGAUGCUUAUGGCAUUGGAAACUAUCGUGAAAUUAAUCCAGCUCCGUACACCAUCAUCACCUUCCCCUUCCUGUUUGCCGUGAUGUUCGGGGACAUGGGUCAUGGCCUGCUGAUGACCUGUGCUGCCCUCUACCUGGUCAUCCGCGAGAGCCGUCUUCUCGCCCAGAAGAGUGACAAUGAGAUGUUCAAUAUGGUGUUUGCUGGUCGCUACAUUAUCCUGCUGAUGGGAGUCUUCUCCAUGUACACUGGCCUGAUUUAUAAUGACUGCUUCUCCAAAUCACUCAACAUGUUUGGCUCCGGGUGGAGCGUCAGGCCCAUGUUUGGAGCCAAAGGAGCGAACUGGUCGUUCGAGACACUUGAUUCAAAUGCAGUGCUUCAGUUAGAUCCUGCCAUCCCUGGUGUGUUCAACGGACCGUAUCCACUGGGAAUUGACCCGAUCUGGAAUGUGGCGACAAACAAGCUGACCUUUCUUAACUCCUUCAAGAUGAAAAUGUCUGUCAUCCUUGGCGUGAUCCACAUGAUCUUUGGAGUGUCCCUGAGUCUCUUCAACCACCUGUACUUCAAGAAGCCCCUCAACAUCUUCCUGGGUUUCAUCCCUGAGAUUGUUUUCAUGUCCAGCCUUUUCGGCUACCUAGUCUUACUGGUCUUCUACAAGUGGACCGCCUAUGAUGCCUUCACCUCCAAGGAUGCCCCGAGUCUUCUCAUUCACUUCAUCAACAUGUGUCUCUUCAACUACAGUGAUCCCACAACAAAGCCCCUCUACAGUGGACAGAUGGGGAUCCAGGUUUUGCUGGUCCUGAUAGCCCUUGCAUGUGUUCCCUGUAUGCUGGUUGUGAAAACUAUGGUGCUGCGGCGCCAGCACUUGUGGAAGACGCAUCUGUCACAGAUGAGGCAAGAAACCCCAGCAGAGAGUCUAGAGCAGUCUUUAGGGAAAACAGACGUGUCCUCAUCAUGCACCGGACUCACCCAACAGGGCACGCAGAAGUUUGGAGGGGUGCGUGUGGGGAAUGGGCCCACAGAGGACGAGGCUGGCAUCAUGGACCACGACCAGCUCUCCCAGCACUCUGAGGAAGGGGAGGAGCACUCAGAGGAGGAGCCGUUUGACUUUGGAGACGUGGCUGUGCACCAGGCCAUUCACACCAUUGAGUACUGUCUGGGAUGCAUCUCCAACACGGCGUCCUACCUUCGUCUCUGGGCUCUCAGUCUUGCUCAUGCACAGCUGUCUGAGGUUCUGUGGUCCAUGGUCAUGCACCUGGGUCUGUCCUCUCGGAGUGGAGGUGGCUUCUUCGGCUUGUCCAUCAUCUUCGCUGCGUUUGCCACCCUCACAGUUGCCAUCCUGCUCAUCAUGGAGGGCCUGUCAGCUUUCCUGCAUGCUCUGCGUCUGCACUGGGUGGAGUUCCAGAACAAGUUCUACUCGGGACAGGGCUUCAAGUUCGUCCCCUUCUCUUUCGAGAGCAUUCUGGACGGUAGAUUCGAUGAGUGACGCGGCAGAGCAGAGACUCCGAUCAUGUCCGUUUGUCCGUGUGCAUGAAUUCAGCUGUAACCCUCUGUGUCCCCCUAGUGGCAACCUGUGAUAUUGUAUUAUGUGCUCAGUACAAGAAGCAAACUGGCCCGUCGAACUUGACCACAGUACACCCAAAAUAAUCAAUAAUAAAUAAUAAUAAACCGUGGGAAAUCAUUGCAUCAUAUGCGCUUACAUUUGCAUGAGUGAAAGAUUUAAAUGUUUUCUUUGAUAAAUGAUGUUUCACUGUGCGGCGCAAUUGAAAAGAAUAAUAGCACUAUGGGGGAUAAUAAGAAAUAUAUUUAUAAAAAAUAAAUACAUAUCAGUGGAGAGUAUAUUUCCAAGUAAUGAAAUGAACAGACGACGGUAGAGAAUAUAAUAUGCUACAGUGAAAAUGUGCGUUAUGUUUGGACGUAUUCUCCAAUAUAUUAAAUUAUGAAUAUAAAGCUUUAUCAAGAUUUUAACUGCAUUGCUACCUCCCUUAAUAAAAACGGUUGCGGUGUCCCUGAAAAAUAAACAUAUCAAUGUUAUACUGUUUGGCAAUCCUGAGUCAUGUGACUAGAAUGUGGACAAUAUAUAUACAGUAACUGAUGGGUAAAAGGCCUGUGGCAACACACAACAAUCUGAAUGAUGUGAGAAUGUGUAACAACUCGUGCUGUGAUUUCUCUCUGAUCAUUUUGUGUGAAAUAACUGUAUUUGAUGUGCUGAGUAAGAAAAGGGGCUUGUUGUGUACCAAGUUAGUCCCAACACGGUAACAAAGAGAGAAGAAAAACACGUCAGAGACAACAGACAACUCGCUGACACUUGUGGACCGGAUUUUUUUUCCAAAUGAUUUGGAUCUAACAUUCAGUGCCAAAAUAUCAGAUAACAAAUUUUUAAAAACGUAAACGUAUUGUGUCCCAAAAACAGUCCUAAAUAAAAAUGUGUGUCAAACCUA